AGCGUUAGUUAAAAUGACAGUUAUCGGGGAAACACACCCCUUUGUCUCAGUGGGAGCUCAGCCGGAACAAGCCUUCAAAUCAGAGAUAUCACCUGAUAACACCUGGCAAACCAUAUCGAAAGAGAAAGCAGAAAGUGAAACUCUGCUUGGUGGUGAAUAUAAAGAUGUGUUUGGUGUGUUACAAGGGAGGAACAUGGUGUUUUGUGUAGACUGUAGUGGUAGUAUGUACGAGCAUCUGCCCAUCAUCAUACACCAGUUAUACGAGGUAUUAAAAGAGCGCCUAAUGCAAGACAUGGUAACGAAGUGUUCCACACAGUUCAAUAUAAUAGCAUUCAGUACUCUGGGGAGGAGGUACAGCGAGGAACCUGUCACUCUCAGUCAGCAGUCUCUUCAGAGUGCCUACACUUGGCUCAGGAACCUAGAAACUGAGACUAGCAGUAACACACUAGACGCACUGUUACAAGCCUUCUCUGACUGCACAGUGGACACAGUGUACCUGGUUACAGAUGGACUCCCUGACCAGCGGCCUGCCCUGGUGGUCGAGUGCGUGUUACGCAACAACAGGGGGAGACCCAUAGUAUCAGUCAGUAUUGGAGCUGGCAGUAACGGUAACGCUGACUUGCUGCUGACUGACCUGGCAUCAGUUACAGGUGGCUCCUUCAGACCGGUAACCUUGCCUCUAAAACUACCUGGUCCUGACGAACUGUCCGCACUACCUAAAGGAGCUGUAGUCCUGCUACAUGGCGGAGUAACGGACAGGAACCUGGAUACCUCCUAUCUCAAACAGGAGAGCACUGAUUUGAGGUGGUCCGGGGACAUCCCAUCUGCUUACCCUACAGUAAGAGAGCCGCCUCCCCCUGAGAAGGUAGUAAAGUUCCCGCUGACAGCUGCUGGCAGGUUGAUGAUGAGGAAGGUUGUGUUGGCAAGGAGCCCUCGGAGAGGCGACUAUAACACUGCAGUUAUCAUAGACCAGCACAGUCCCACGUGUUUUGAAGUUGAGUUUAAGAAGAACCAGCAGAAGGAGAGAUGUGAGCUUUGUCACAUAUUCGCACUACAAGAUGCUCUCAUGCACCCAGUCUUGAAAGGUGAUCACGUGCUAGCCCCUGUUAAGAAAGGAGGACCGUAUGAACCUGGUAACGUAGUGCGAGGAGAGGACUCCCUCCGAGGGACCAACUACCACGGCACUGCUGGUGAUCUAAUGGUGGUACUGUACAGUGGAACUACAGUCAUGUGCAGAGCCGGCUCAGCUAUCUGGAUUCCUAAACCUGUUUACAACAGAAUGGUUACUGAACUUCGAAUAGUCCCUUCUACCAAGUCGUCAGUGGAAGCUGUAGAAGCUCUGAAGGUCUCGGAGCACAACCCCACUUCUCCCCAUGAUCUACAGGACUACAUCCUCAGCAAGAAUAACGGACCCAGGGAGACAGAUGUUUGUGGAGAUGUCCCCAAGACAGUUGUUUGUGAAGUAGUGGACGUAACACCAGUAGUUCUGGAGGACUACCCUUGCGACACUACCGACCAGGACACUAUACUAACCACUCUUAGUCAGCUGGAGAUCAGGGAGGAAGAGCAGGGAGAAAUUCCAGGCUACAUAUCCGGAAUGUUGGCGGACGAGGGACACUUUGACGAGAUUCUAGGGGUUCCCGACCAUCCUCGAUUCAAGGAGAUGGAGGAGGAGGAGGAGGAGGAAGCAGCAAGCAAACCUGUGUGGAGGUAUACUGGUAAAGCAGCUGAGGGAAAUAAGAGUCCCACCUCUAAACCUAUGAGACCAAUGUCCGCCUCACUUCCUCGUGGUAAAAGCACGUACAGGGAAGAGUACCACCUUCCAAGUAAGAUAGACAUGUCCUUCCCUGGAGUGGGGGCUCGUCCCGCCUCCUCCGCUGUCAGACCUCACACAGCCCACUCUUCUACUCCUUCAGUGAGUCAGCUGAAGGAGAGAGAGAGAGCUAAAAGGGACGCUCAGGCCCACAAGAAACAAGAUAGAUUACUCCUAGCUAAGACACGCGUCACUCGUCAGCUCAAAGAGCGGGACGCUAUGAAGGAGCAGAGAGGGUUACAGGUUUCUAAAGAUACUAAGUUCAGGGAGGGACCGACCGGGCAAGCUUUGUCUCGUUUUGCUGAUAAAAAGAAGCUUAAAAAUACUGGCUCCCACCAACAGGGAGCGCUGUCUGUUAACGACAGUCCUAUCCCGGCCCGAACCACAGUGACGGUCCGGGACGACAAGACAGGACGCUUUUCCGGUUAUCGGCUCUCAACUAAACUCUCUUCUGGGAAAUUAUCUCACAACAUUCCGCCCACUUUCCAGAUAGGCUCUAGAGCAGCUGAAGCUAACGUUAUCAGGGCAGUAUCUCACGCUGUGCAGACCGAUAACAAGUAUUACGUCUCCAGACUUACUGCCUGAUCAAUGUUUCCUUAUAUGGUCAGGAGUCAUCACGUGACAGAUGUUUCCUUAUAUGGUCAGGAGUCAUCAUGUGACAGAUGUUUCCUUAUAUGGUCAGGAGUCAUCAUGUGACAGAAUCAUUGUACCAGUACUUUAUGCUAAUUUUUGCUGAAUACAUUAUAACUCUUUUACGGCUCUUACUAAAUCGCUCGCCCAAAAAUUUCACGUGACUUUGGUUUUUUUGGUUUUG